GAAGCAGCACUCCGUGGGCUGCCAUCUGCCCGAGUUCCUCUGACCCGACAGGCUCUGGCUAAUGAUCUGGAGGACAAACCUCGACUGGAUGUGGAGCCGCGGUGGAGUCCUGGAAAAUGGGAAGCUGAAAAUUAGGCUGUGAAUAAGGUCCCCUCUCUAAGGAAUCUCUUCAGAGCAGCAUUUCUUCAUAUCAUCUUCAGGGACAGCAGCAUUGUGGAGCUACAUCAAACCAGCUGAGUUCACAUCGGGCCGGACCCAGCUCUCGAAUCCCCCUCCACAGUUGCUUGAAGAACCAAGAAAGUGAUUCUGCCAUUCAAAGAAGUGAAGCACAACUUCCCCCUGGAUUAUCUGAGAUUGCGAACACCUGCUGCACGGUGACUUUGUCCUUAAUAGAUGGGUUCGUCCUUCAGGAGGUUCUGCUGCUGCUGUUGCAGUGCUGAUGAAGAUGAUGAGGAUGAGAAGCAGCCAUUAGUACCUGCGGAUCCACUGGAGUAUUUUAACCGUGAAGUCCAGAAGCGACGUGACGAGGAGACCAAUCUGUGGAGUGAGCCAGGCGACCCCAGCCACUCGGAGAGAGAUGACGACCGGACCCUUUACACCCUGUUACAGGCCAGGAACAAGACCCGCAUGGGCUCCACGGGCUAUCGCCGUCUGAGUGUUGAUAUUGAGGCCAUGAGGGACACCCGCAGAGAAGUCAGAGACAAGUGGAAGACAAUUCUGGAGAACCUGGGUUUCAUGGCAGAGGCAGACUCGCUGUUGACAGUGUCUGCCGGUGCCUCACAUGACCGCAUGCGUAAUGCCUCGGCAGCACGUGCCCUUCUUCAGACGCUCCACUCUGAGACCUCCAUCUUCAACACCAAAGAGCCACCACCAGAGAGAUAUCUGUUCAUCCUGGAUCGUCUCCUGUACCUGGACAUAGCUGAAGAUUUCCUGGCAAAGGCGAGGCGCUUCUAUCCACCGAAGGAUGAUUCUGACGAGGAGAUGCCAGGCCUUGCCAUAAACCUGCCGCUGCUUCUGGCCAGGGUAGAGGCCAUGAAUGGGGGAGGCGAAGAAGAUGAGGACGAGAGCGAGAGAGAAGACGGAAACCUGAGUGACAGAUCCUAAGAUCUACUGGCUGCAGUAAUAAUAGACACAAGGCAGGGGGCAGUAGUCAUCAACCCUUGAGACCUGGAUGAAUUACAUAGCUCCUCUCUUUGAGUCUCUUUAUGCCUCAUACAGUGUUGCUGCUGCUUCUUGGAAGUUUUAGGCUGAAGAAUUUCUCCUUUCUCACCCCAACUGUACAGCUUGAGUCUUAUUCUGCGUGUGCGCUCUGGUCAAAAUCUAAAAGGGUUUAGCAGAUUUUCAGGUGAACAUUACAGAGGUGCGCGCGUGUGUGUGUUUGUGGGGGCUUUUUUCUGUCUACCAGAGAGUUUUAUCAAGUUCCUAGCCUGUUUAUUGUUCAGCUGUUUUGAACCUUCAGGGUAGCGAUGUUCCUUUCAGCAGAGCCUCUUUAUAUUUUGUCCUAUGAUUAUCAGCACUCAUUUCAUCCAAUCACAUGAUCGGUAACAACACUUAAAAAAAAACAGCCCAGUAUAAGUAUAAUGCUUUUAAUUUCUGCAGUCUGCAGUGUUGGCUUCAAACAGUUCAGAGAAUAGCAGAUGGAGAUACAAGGUAGUAAGUACUGUACGUUUAACUUUUUAAAUGAUCGUGUGUGUGACUUUCAGGUGAUGUGAAGGUGUUUUUUUUUCCCCCUCCAGCAAUUUGCUGAACAUGUGAAGGGUUUCUAAACCCGUGGCAGUCUGUGUAUGUGUAAUGGUGUCCAGGUCAUGAUGAAAUAAAGUUGCAGCCCAAAGCCUUUAUUAUCUGCACAGUGUCACAUGUUGGUAUGAUGUCUUCCCUGGAGUUUAGUCAUGUGAAGCAAUAUGAGUUUACACAUUUACACAGAUGACAAAGAAUAACAGACAAAUUUGCCUGAAAACUUAUAAACGGAAAUAAAAUAAAAUAAACAGAAUUUGCUGCAUGAAAGUCAAGUGAGAAUAAGUUAGUGAUUCCACAGAAACUGUAGCACGAGAGCUACAAUCCCUUGUUGUGGAGUAAAAGUAUCGC